UGUGAUUCUUUCCCAGUGAAAACAAAUAGAUGUCAAGAGGGCAAACAUAGACGACACCAGAAGAAGAGAAAACUAAAGAAAAACCAUGGAACAGAGAGUAUGGGUUAUGAAAGAGCUAAAGAAGUUGAGCUUGUUGGCUGCUCCAAUGGUGGUAGUUUCAGUAUCACAGAGCGUUCUGCCGGCCAUUUCACUAAUGAUGACAGGCCAUCUUGGUAAAUUACAGCUUUCUGGCGUAUCUAUCGCUACCUCUUUCACCAACGCUACUGGCUUCGCCCUCCUCUUUGGACUGUCUGGAGCUCUGGAAACUCUAUGUGGUCAAGCUUAUGGAGCAGGCCAAUAUCACAAGUUGGGAAGCUACGUCUACUGUUCAAUGAUAUCUCUGCUUCCAAUAUGUCUUCCUGUAUCUAUCCUGUGGAUAUUCAUGGCCAGGUUAUUGAUUUUGAUCGGUCUAAACCCUCAAAUCUCAGUUGUUGCCUGCAAAUACUCUAUCGGACUUAUACCUGCUUUAUUUGGCUAUGCUAUUCUUCAAUCACUUUUUCGCUACUUCCAGUCUCAGAGUUUGAUCCUCCCAAUGCUCUUGAGCUCUUGUGCAACUGUGUGUUUCCAUGUACCUCUUUGUUGGGCUCUAAUAUAUAAGUGGGAAUUUGGAAAUAUUGGAGGAGCAAUAGCCAUUGGCGUGGCUUAUUGGUUUAAUGUGAUCAUUCUUGUAUCCUACUUUCUAUUUUCUUCAUCUUGUGAAAAGACUCGCAUCCUCUGCUGGAAGGAUAUUUUCUCUAGCAUUAGUGAAUUCUGGUGCUUCGCUCUCUCUUCUUCUCUAAUGGUUUGUCUUGAAUGGUGGACCUUUGAGCUUCUUAUAUUGCUGGCUGGACUUCUAAAAAAUUCAAAGCUUGAAACAUCAGUUCUUUCUAUUUGCAUUACAACUACAUCAUUGCACUACUUCGUACAAUAUGGUAUUGGUGCUGCUGCAAGUGUUCGAGUUUCGAAUGAGCUAGGAUCUGGGAAUCCACGUGCUGCUCGAGCAAUUGUCCAUAUAGUACUUGUCAUUUCACUAACAGAGGCAGUAAUUGCGAGCACAAGUCUCUUCUGUACUCGCUACGUUUUUGGAUAUGCUUUUAGCAAUGACAAGGAAGUUGUGGACUAUGUUACAGAAGUGGCUCCCCUGCUUUGUCUCUCGGUUAUUGUAGAUAGCUUACUGGCAGUACUUUCUGGGAUUGCUAGAGGAUGUGGUUGGCAGCGUAUAGGAGCCUUCGUAAACCUCGGGGCGUAUUAUUUUGUUGGAAUUCCAGUAUCUGUUGUUCUCUGCUUUGUUGGGCAUCUCAGAGGGAAGGGCCUUUGGAUUGGCUUACUUGUAGGGACUACAGUGCAAUUAGCAUUGUUUGCUUUCAUAACUGCUUCCACAAAUUGGAAAAAACAGGCAAGCAUAGCAAAAGAUAGAAUAUUCAAGGGACAAUUCCAGCAGAUAAUAGAUGGCAUUGAACUUUGAAGACUGCAGGAGGAGAAAAUAAGAAGGGAAAAUAAACGCAUUUGAACGUUUAAACUGCUUUUUUAGUAGAUGUAGUUAUGGCUCAAUGAGUACUACAAUUGAGAAAACACUCUCUAAAUGCUGGAUGAAAUGCCCUGGUCUGAAACAACAUAAGAUGCAACGCAAGAUUCCAGCCAUGCCUAGUGAAUGUUAAAGCAUAAUUUGCUUUGUUUAUCAACUACACAUUACUCAAUAUUAAACGUUCUCUAGCUAA